AUGCUAGUAGAAUCCCAGCAGCUGUUGUUGGAGUAGUUCUUUAACAAGUCACUUGAGCCCUAUCUGCAAAUGAUAGACCAACUGAAGAUCAGAUAGAAAGAAAAGGAGGCAGAGAUCAUAGAGAUUGAAAAGAAACAGUAAAAGAGUGUCACUGGCAAUGCUAGCACUGCUGGAACGAAAGCCGGAUAUAGACCUGGAGUUCUAAAUACAAGAACUCAAAUCAACAGAACAUCACUGACUAGUGCUAAGGGUUCUAAAGUCAAUACCCCCAGAGAGGGUUCAAAGGCAAUAGGAAGAUAGCCAACUUAGACAAGUGCAGCUGGCAGAGAACGGUCAAAGACACCAUCAGCAAAUAUGUCGGGCACUCGAGGAUUUUAGAACAAGUUGAAUCAGAGUAUGCAUACUAAUAGAGGGAAAGAUGGGUUGAAUCAGACUGCUAUUAGUUCUAAUGGAAGGCAGAGCUUUGGAGGAGGCACUAGAGCCAAUUCUAAUACAAGAAAUGAUCAUUAAUCUUAAACGAGAGGAUAAAACUCUGCAAUUAAAGGAAGCAGCAGUAGAUUAGUGCAACCUUCAUCAACUAAAAACUAGCUCAAUUCGUCGAUGAAUUUCGACUAGAAGUCAAGGAAUGGGUCAAAGCAGGGUAGAGCAGACACUGCCAGUCAAAUAUCUAGAGCUGGCUCAAAUAGCAGGAAAAAUCAAUAAGAGUCGUUAUUCAAUGCCAAGUAUGGAUCUAAUCGCAAAGAGAUUUCUCAGACAGAGGGAAAUACUAGAAGACCUUCUGGAAAUUUAAGGGAUAAUACAGACACAUCGAAAUUCAAUUUGAAGGAUCCUUUAAAUUAGUUCUUUGAAAAUGCAAUUUAAGCAUCAUUCGGCAGAAUAUCCACCUACGUCUAUGCCCCUGAUCAAAAGCCCGUUAGAGAUGAUCCAACUAUCAAGCCUAACGUGAACUUCAAGCUAACUUAUGUGCCUUCUUACAAUGGAAAGACCUCCAGGAAUAAUAUAGUAUACAUCGACUCAGAGCACAUCCUCUUCUAUUCUUCGACAAUGAUUGUAGUCAUGAAUAUAAACACCUAUCAGCAGCAGAUACUUCAGGGACACACUGAGGAGGUCCAGCAUGUUGGCUUUAACAAACCUAUAUUUAUGCUGAGCUCGGCUUAGAAAGCAGAUAAAAUAAAUAAGCAGCCUAGCUUCACAAUUUGGGAUCUAAAGUCUUGCCACCGUCUCACAUCUGUCUGCUAUCAUAGUGAAAAUAUCACGCAGGUUGGAUUCUGUGAAAACGGAGAGUAUCUUGUUACUAUAGGCGGUAGUGCGCAGAGCAAUGUCACGCUAGCUGUUUGGAAGGUCAAAGAUUUGCUUAAUGCUGGAAAAACGAACAAAAACACGAUAAAGGGAUUACAGCCUCUCUGUGAGACUAGUAUUGGGAGAGUAUCAGUGAACACGUUGUAUUUCGAUCAUGGCCAUUCAGACAAUCACAACAUCAACAUUGUCCUUGGUAUUGACAAAGGAGUUAAGUUUUUCACCAUAAAACUACCAGAAAAAUAGAUUGAGGAGAAGAAAGCCACAUAUGACUCAAAUGAGAGCAUGACUAAUAUUUACGGAAUAGCAUUCUAAGGAGAUGAUAUAUUCGCAGGAGGGGAGAAUGGCAAUGUCUACGUAUUCCGCUAAGACAAAGUAGUUGACAGUAAAUUUAAGGCAGAAUCUACGGGUAUUCACUGCUUAGGCUUUAUAGAUAGAGGAGAUAAUACAUAUCUAAUGACACUAUCAGAUAGUGGUAAAGUGUCUUUAUGGCACGAAGGUCAACUUGCAAAGCAGUAUGAGCUAUAUGAUGAAGAAAUCAAUUGUAAACUUGGAUCAGAGAGCCUGAAGCUUACUCCUAGGUCUUUCGGCUAUAAGAAUGAUACUCUCAUCAUUGGAUUUGAGUAGAAUGUGAUUAUGAAGUAUGAUAUCCGCCGUAAUCAACGUGAAGUACUUAUUGCUGGACCUUCUCACUCGCCUUAGUUUAUGACUAUGCAUCCAACACGAAAGAUAUAUGCUGUAGUUGGAUUGGAUAAGCACCUAAGACUCUAUUCAUAUGAAGCUCAUCUGUAAAAGAACAGAAAUUCACUUAUAAACUGCAUUGAGUUACAAUAUCAAGCCAAGAGUUGCGACUUCUCUCCAGAUGGCAAAUACUUUGCAAUGGGAUAUGAGAAUGGAGUGUUUGAGGUAUUCUAGGUCUAUGACAAUGAAGGGGAGUACUUCCAAAUUGAUUGCUUGAAGCUAUUCGAUCUCAACAGAAGAUACCCAGUUUAGUGUGUCAAGUUUUCACCUAAUGGAAAGUAUUUGUUAAUAACAUGUAAUAAAGAUAUCGUGGUGUUCAAUGCGACUACUGAUGACUUUGAAUAAGAAGGAUUACUCAAAGGAAACAUCUAAUAAGUGACAUUUGUAUAAUUUGACAAGACUUCUCAAUAUGCAAUGACCAAUUCAAUAGAUGGUUAAGUAAUAGCUUGGGAAUUGAUGCCAGGAGCUUUCACUAAACUCGAUCCAGCAAAAGUUAAGGAUGUAUUAUGGGAUAGAAAAUGCUGCGUUUAUGCUUGGGACACUAUAGGCACUUGGCAGAGUGAUAUGAUUGAGACUGAUAUGAACUGUGUGGACAUCUCAAAUGAUAAAAAGCUUAUAGCUGUAUCUGACAGCAAUGGAGCUCCAAGAAUCUACUGCUACCCAGCAUAUCUAGUGAAUCAAAGUUAUUUGACAUUGGAGCAGGGACACAUCAGCUAGGUAAUAAACUCAAAGUUUACGCCAGAGGAUUAUUUCCUUAUCACUCUGGGUGAAGCGGAUCAUACUAUGAUGGUCUGGAGUUAUAAAGCUUUCGGCUUGAAUAAAGAUACAGUUUAGACAGUUACUUCAGGUGCAGUCACAGAUAAAGUCCGUCCUCAAAUUAAUAGCCAGUUAAACGAUAGUAGUGAUAGGCAGGAGAUGAGGACACCUGAUAACAAGAUGAACACAAGCAGAGAUAUAGAUAUAGCCCUGAAUAAAAAGCUUGAAUAACUUGGAGAAAGCCAAUCUAAGAAAACAAUUAACAAAGACGAUGAGAACCUGCUAGAAUGA